CGGAGGACGAGGAUAACCGAACGCCCGAACGUCAGCCAGAGUCUCUGGACGAUAAUUAAAAAUAACAUCGGGAAGGACAUCACUAAGAUAUCUAUGCCCGUUAACUUUAGCGAGCCCCUCUCGUUUUUACAGCGGUUGACUGAAGAUCUAGAGUAUUCAGUAUGCCUUGAUAGAGCAGUCACGUGCGACGAUCCGUGGGAAAGAAUGGCUUGGGUGGCAGCUUUCACAAUAUCCUCAUACUCCACCACUGUUUCCAGGUUAUGCUACAAGCCAUUCAAUCCAUUGCUAGGAGAGACUUUCGAGUGCGAUCGUGUCAGCGAGAUGGGGUGGAGGUCCCUGGCUGAACAGGUUAGCCACCACCCGCCAGUAGUGGCGAUGCACGCUCAGAGUAGGGAUUGGAUCAUGUGGCAGGAGUUCAGUAUGAGCUGCAAGUUCAGAGGGAAGUACAUCGAGGUCGUGCCACUUGGUGAGCUGCGUAUCGCCCAUUUAAAGAUAGACAAAUACCAGGACUUGUACACCUGGCGGAAGGUUUCGACGACCAUUCACAACGUCAUUGUUGGCUACCUCUGGGUGGAAAACCACGGGGAGAUGGAAAUUCUCAACCACCACAAUGGUGGAAAAUGCGUCAUCAACUAUCUGCCGUACAGUUAUUUUUCCAAUGGGCCUUUGAGGAGAGUGACUGGAGUAGUCUAUGAUAACCUCGGGAAAGCCAAGUUUAUAUUGUCAGGUACGUGGUCUGACAAAGUGGAAGGUGCCGCCGUGACAAACAACAACAUCACGGACACGAACAAGGUCCUGUUCGAGACGGACCGCCCCAAGUUACUCUGGCAAUGCAACAAACCGCAUCCGGACUUAUCGAAAUGUUACAACUUUACUGAAUUUGCGAUAACGCUGAACGAGAUGGAAGCUGGAGUAGCUCCGACGGACAGCAGGCGGAGACCAGAUCAGAGGUUGAUGGAAGAUGCCAGAUGGGAAGAUGCAAACAGAGUAAAAGUGAAACUGGAAGAGAAGCAAAGAGCGGCGAGGAGGCAAUUAGAGAUAGAAGCAACCAACCAAUCACAAACUUUAACUAACUCAGACAAACCAGCCUACCAACCGAAGUGGUUCAAGAAGGAGAAAGAUGUGACGAACGAAGGCCAGAUGCACGUGUACAACGGUGAAUACUGGGCCUGCAAGUCAACGUCUGAUUGGUCAAGGUGUCCUGAUAUAUACACCAUUCAUGAAGAUUGA